AUGUAUAAGACCUCAGACAAACGUCCUUUCGCCGAAGUCAGAUUGUUAGGAGAGGAAGUGCUAGGGCUACUGGAUACUUGUGCAGCAGUUAGCUGUAUCGGAAGGAGUUUUGCGAGGAAGAUCAUAAGAAGCGGGGCUGACUUCAAGCGUAAAGGAACAAUCGUAAGCACUGCCGAUGGGCAACGACAGCAGGUGGUAGGUCAUUUGACGACUGAGGUGGAGUUCAAAGAUCAAUGCAAGACGCAUAUGUUCUACCUGGUUCCCACUUUGAGCCAGGAUUUGUAUUUAGGUAUCGAUUUCUGGAGGAGUUUAGAGCUGUUGCUAUCGGAGUUCCGAGUCGGCGAAAUCCCCGUUAGUCAGGAGUUGUCUGAAGUCCAGCAAGUUAGUCUGAAGACAGUGGUAGUGCUAUUUCUAUCAUUCGCCAUGUUAGGAUUGGGCAAGACGCAUUUGAUCAGCCACAGUAUCGAUGUCGGGGACACGAAAGCGAUCAAACAGAGGCACUAUCCGGCCUCUCCAGCGGUAGAGAAACUGCUCUACGGAGAGGUCGAUAGGAUGAUGAGAUUGGGAGUAAUCGAGGAGUCGCAAAGCGCCUGUUCGUCGCCAGUUGUAUUGCUACAGAAGCCAGGAAAAGUUCGGUUAUGUCUGGACUGCAGGAAAGUGAAUAGCUUCACCCAGGGCGACGCUUAUCCACUUCUGCAAAUUGAUGCGAUCCUGAGUAGACUUCCCAGAGCGAUGUUCAUCUCCAGUCUGGAUCUGAAGGAUGCGUACUGGCAAAUCCCGUUGCAUCCGGCUUCACGCAACAAGACCGCGUUUACGAUCCCGGGGAAGCCAUUGUACCAGUUUAAAGUAAUGCCUUUCGCGCUAAUGAAUGCAUCGCAGACCAUGACUCGACUCAUGGACAAAGUGAUUCCGGCCUCGUUGCGUAAUGAGGUAUUCGUGUACUUGGAUGAUCUGCUGGUCGUCUCCGAUACCUUUGAGUCGCAUCUGGCGGUUCUGACGACGGUGGCAGGGCACAUUCAGAAAGCAGGGCUAACCCUGAACAUUGGGAAGAGCCACUUUUGCAUGCGUUCUGUUAAGUAUUUGGGCCAUGUGAUCGGAGAAGGCGUCAUAAGGACAGACCUCGAGAAGAUAGAGGCGAUGGUAAAUUACCCGAUUCCGCGGACGCUAAAGGCGUUGCGGAGUUUUUUGGGCAUGACUGGAUGGUACAGCAAAUUCAUUAGCAAUUAUGCAGACAUAGUAGCACCAUUGACGGAUCUGGUGAGGCCUAAGUGUCGUUUUACGAUGUCGCAGGCUGGCCUAGAGGCUUUCACAAAGCUUAAGAAAGCGAUGUGUCAGGCUCCGGUUCUGCACAGUCCGGAUUUUUGGAAGCCGUUCUAUAUCCACUGCGAUGCGAGCAGUUACGCGAUUGGUGGCGUCCUGGUUCAGAAGACGGAAGGAAACAAGGGUGACGAGUAUCCAAUCGCUUUCGUCUCAAAGAAGUUGAGCAAGGCCCAAAGGAAUUACUCCGUCACUGAACAGGAAUGCCUGGCCGCGAUUAUUUGUAUUAAACGGGCAUACGAAGGAGCGUUAGAUGAGGAAGUAGUUGCUGAAGUAGGAAAUGAUUAUGAAUCCCCACUUUUCGAGGCGGACGAGUACAAGACCCUUCGGGAUACGGUCGAAGCCAAUGGCGAGACAGUACCAGAUUUGAAGGUCAUGGAUGGCAAGGUUUUCCGACGGACGAAGCAAGUCCGGAGUUUAGAACUAGCGAAGAAUUUCGCAUGGAAGUUAUGGGUGCCAAAGGGAAUGAUUCCCGACAUACUAAGAGAGGCCCAUGACAGUCCCACAGCAGUGCACGGAGGGGUCCGUAAGACGCUGGAAAGAGUUCAUCAAAUGUACUACUGGCCAGAUUUAGUUAAUGAGGUGAAAAAGUACGUAGGCAAGUGCGAGGUCUACCAUUACACCAAAUGCGUGUUCCUCAAGGCAUUGAAGAAGCUCUCGGCGGAUGUAGUGGUGAAGUACAUGAAGCAGGAGUUGUUCCACACGUAUGGAGUACCGGAGACUGUGUUCUCGGAUAAUGUAACGCAAUUCAAAGGAGAAGUAUUUAGGACGCUUAUGCGGGAGAAUUGGGUGACGCAGGUUUUUACAGAGGUCCAUUCGCCGCAGGCCAAUGCGUCGGAAAGGAAAGUUCAGGCGAGCAAGGAGAAGUAUCCAGAAAUUCACGAAGAGCUGCAGCGAAGUUUUACCCGCUGA